AUUCAACAAGCUUCAUGGUUGACUGCGUGUACACUAGCUGUGUUUACAGACGGAAGUUAUUUUAGAUAAUAGAUCUAAUAUAAAUAUCAUUGCAAAAUGGACAUACAUAUUUUAGUUCAAGCUAUUAUAUACUUUUGUAUCUUUAUAGCUGGAUUUAUUGUGUCAAUUCCCGUUGGUGUAAACAGGUGGAAUUUUCAAGGAGACUGUAUAUUAUAUGCUGAUAUAGAAUGGAACUCGAAAGCAUUUGUGAUGCAUGCAUCCAGUCCGGCUAACUGUAACUUUCCUAUAUACUACAGCGUGUUCGGCAUGAUAUUUUACGGUCUUGGAAAGGGAAUCUUCUAUGCCUUUGCCACAUUCAAAUCGAUAAAGAAGCCUACAAUUGGUUACGAGAUGUGGGUAAUGCCGUAUAUUCUAGUGAAUGGGGCUCACACGUUCGUCGCCUUGAUAGUGUCAUGUAUGCUGUCUGUUGGCUUUCUUCAGUUCUGUAACGGUAUCAAAGAAAAUGAGCUUGUAACGAGUUGCGGAGUUUUUGCAAACACAGAAUGGACACGUUACGGUUCUAGUGAAAAAUUUAAUGCCGGGCCAUACACGUCAUUACUAGCCGUGGCACAGAUUGCGUCCUGGACCUGCUUUCUGUUAUUUUUGCUGCAGACAGCUUUAUGUAUCCUGCGCUUUGUAAGAAACAGACGACAGAGAAGCGGAAAUGCGGGAGCUGACACAAAACGAAUCGCAGAACUUGAACCGACAGCUUAAUUUGUGAAUGAAAUGUUGACAAAUACAUAACCUGUAAAAAUGUGAAUAUGUAUAGAUGGCAUUGGAAAAAACAACGAAACGUUGAAAAGUCGUCUGGCGGCAAAUGAUAAAAUCUGAAAAUUUUGUUGUUUUUGAAUAUUGAUAAUAUUCCACAUUGUAUAAAAAGAUAUUCUUACUUAUUUUCUUGUUGUGUUGAUAAAGGUUUUAGGACCGUGCCUUAGACUGUGUUUUGUAAAAUUAAAGCAUUACUGACCACUGAUCACUUUGUUUAAAUCUAAUAAAAUAAUAUAGCACAUGAA